AUGACCAAGUGGGUCACCAGAACAGGUCUCAUUGAGUGCUCGUGUGCGUCCCUGACGCUAGUAGAGACCAACUCAGCAGCCAAGCCUCUGUGUAGGACCGUGACCAAAUACAACGGUGGCUUCUACAUUGACAGAUUUUGCAAAAAGGGUCAGCAGUUCAACAUGUUAUACAAAUUCCUCGACACAUUCGUUGCUUCCAUGAUCCUCAUUGCUUUGUCUGUUACCUGA